AUGGUAGAGCUGGAUCAAAGGCUGAACAGCUAUGUGCCACUUGAACCCUCAGGCGGUAAACCCUCGGACGACACAAAAGGCUUCCUCCGCCUCCUCUGGACAAUGCUCCCACCUGGUGGGAAAGAGAAUUUAGCGAAGGAUAUUUUGAAGGGUAAAGAUGGUGAGCCGCGGCCAGAUGAUGAGGCGCUGCGGCAACUUGUCCAAAGCAUCAGAUCGGGAUUGUUAAUUCCGAUGAAAGCGCAAGGGGGUAAAACGCCAACGGAAGUCACCCCAUCUCCACGUUCCGGCGUUGAAGAUUCAGUUGAAGAUAUCAAGGGAAAGAGCAUCGAGCCCAUCAGCAGGAAUCCUCACUCAAAAUUGCGGAAAAACUGCCUUGAGCGUGAUGGAUACAAAUGCAUGGCGACCCAUCAGUACAGCAUCGAUCACCCGCACCCUAAAUCUGCAAGAACGACGUACCUCGAAGCGGCACAUAUAAUCCCCUAUACACUGGGAAUUUUUCAGCCUCUUGACGGGAAGGAUGUGGACCGACAUGCAAAAAUCUGGAUCAACCUUAGACGUUACUUCCCCGUUCUCAGAGCAAUGUCUGAGGACCUCAAGCUGAUCAACUGCGAGGAGAAUAUGCUGAUGCUCGACUCACAGCUACAUAAAGGAUUCGGACAGUUCAAGCUAAUCUUUGAAGCAACUGGAGUCCCCAACCAAUACCGGAUUAAAACAUUCACGGGUAUGCCGACAGGACCCAUCCAGAACUUGCCAAAAAAACGACUUGUGCUAUUCAGAGUACACCAGGGACAUUGGAAGCUUCCAGACCCUCAAUUCCUCCAAGUCCAUGCAUGCAUCGGUACUUUUCUGCAUAUGAGCGGACAAGGCGAGUCAAUGGAUAAAGUCAUCAACCACUUCAGAGAGUGUGGUGGGCUCGCCCCAAGUGGAAGCACGAACAUCGAAGAAACCCUUGCAGUUAGCAGUCUCUCGCUCUUACCUGCUAACGUCGAGGAAUCGCCCGAAUCCCCAAAGCCAAAAAUGAAGCAACGUCCAGCGCAAGAACAGUCACAGGCGAAAUCUCUUGACUAUGAGAAUAAGAGACUCUAA